CAGUACCAAGGGCUAUAUAAGCAUGACGCGCGGUCCUGGCACGACACAACACACUUCGAGGACACUAACGAGCAAUAAUGGAGCAUCCCGCUUCUACCAGUAUCUGGAUACGCCUGGGCUCAUCCCGUACUGGCAGCGAUAUCGUACAAAGACUAGCGAGGUCCCCAAUAGCAGCUCUAGCUUGCACUGCAGCUUUGUUGGGGGCAAUAUGGGCCAUCAGGGACUAUAGGGAAUGGAAAAACUUUGGGACCGGAGGAACACCGCCUAACCUCUCCGGUUAUUGGAGGAUAACGAAACUCCGAAUGGUCCGCUUGUUCCAGAGAAGGAACUUACGCGACCCUGCUCCUCUGGAAGUGAAGGCGGCACCCACACUGUUGGAAGAUAUUCCGGCCAGGAAAGGUGGGAGACCACAAAUCCUGCCCAGACCGCUUCCACAACGUCAGAAACCGGAACCGAUUCCUCCCAAGACAAAAGCCCGGCUACUAACCCUGAUGAAUAAGAUGCACUCAGAAUAUCCGGAGUUGCUUGUCCUUAGGAAGUCGCAAACCGAGGGCGGUAGCACAGAUGCGAUUUACGUGAAGCCAGAUCUGCUAAACCGCAGUUCCGACUCUUCUAUCUUGAAGUUGGAAGUCGCACACGCUCAUCCGCAGGACGCUUCCCUGCACCUCCUCCUGUCCCCAGCUGACGCAGCGGAAGUCAUCAAGGCAGAAUGGGGAGAGCGGUUCCCACUAUCCUAUGUUCCGGAUGGCUGGAUAAUGGUGUACGCACCACGAGAUGACGAAGAACUGGAAAUAGUGGAGAAGAUAGUGAGAGCAUCCGUGAAGUAUGCAACUGGCGUAUCAAUUUAGACUCCCGCAGCUGUUGGGAUUCUCGUCGUCCUGGACGUACCGGAGAGAUCACCUUGGCCAUUUGAUAACAGCGAGCGCAAAAAUUACACAGAACGCAAUAUUCCGACGAUUUCGUGGCACGCAAUAUCACGAUAAGCUACACCACGAUGACCUUCCUCGUGAAAAAGGAGACGGUUACCGAAAGCCCGGCAUGUAUAAUAGCGUGACGGGUGUUGGGAGACAUCCAAAACAUAACACGGGAUAUCCAGUACCGAUAAGGCGUGUAUUGUUGCG